CCAACGUAACCAAAUAUGAUUCAGUUCAAAGUUUCUGCACCAGGAAAAGUAAUUCUUUAUGGAGAACACGCUGUUGUGUAUGGAAGAACUGCAAUUGCAGCCAGCUUAGGUUUACGUACAGUUGCAGACUUUAUUGAGCUACCAGAAGAGGAACAAGUUAUUAAAAUAUGCUUUCCGAAAGUGAACUUGUUUAUAAACAUACCUGUGCAACAAGUGCAUAGUUUCAUUAUAAAUAAUAGAAAUUUAAAAGCUGCAGAAAACCAUGAUGAAUUUUAUGAGAAAAUCAAAGAGCUUGUCGUUAUUAUCGGGUAUUUCAAUGUAAGGCAGAAAUUGAGCUUAGAGGUAUUAUUCUAUCUUCUUCUUUACAUCGCACAGAACGAUCAGAUUAACGUAAAACCAUUUCAAAUUCAAUUAACCACCGAAAUAUCGAUCGGUUCAGGUCUAGGUAGUUCCGCCUCGUUUGCAGUUUGCAUAGCUGCUUGCUUUUUGCACUGGUCACACUUACAGAAAAAUAUUUUCAAAGCAUUCGACAAUUCCGAUUUAGAGACUAUCUCAAAAUAUGCAUUAAGCAGCGAGAGAAUUAUGCACGGUCAUCCGUCCGGAAUCGACAAUUCCAUUUGCACGUAUGGAUCCGUGAUAGAAUACAAAAAGGACAGCUACAUGAAGUCCAUAAAUAUUACGCAAGUUAUGAAGGUUCUGCUGGUCGACACAAGAGUUAGUAGAAGCACAAAAGCGUUGAUAGAGAAAUUGUCAGAGCUGAAGCACAAAUAUCCCGUUAUAAUUGACUUGAUCCUGGACUCGAUGGAUAAUAUAGCAAUUGCGGCGAUUAAAGUUAUUCAGAAGAUUAAUAACGCCUCGGGCGUCGAUAACGAGACACUCUACGACGGGUACAAACAAUUAAUGACGCUGAUUAACAUGAAUCAAGGAUUGUUAGCCACGUGUCAAGUAUCUCAUCCAUCUUUGGAUAGAAUUUGUGCAGAGGCGCAGAAUUAUGCUUUAGCAGCGAAACUAACCGGUGCUGGUGGCGGCGGAUAUGCAUACAUUUUAUUAUUACCAGACACCCAGCCGGAAACGAUUACAAGUAUUUCACGAAAAUUGAUCGCAGACGGGUUUUCUGUUACGUUGACAACGUUGGGAGGUGCAGGCGUACAAAUUCACAAAUAAAGCACAAUUCCGCAUGUUAUAACCGGCGAACAGCUCCAUUCCAAUUAUGGCAAAGAAAUAAUAUAAAACCAACAUGACCACGGCGGUAGAAGACAUCAAAGGAGUCAAAAUUACCAGCGUGCCGAAAACGUCUCUGUAUCUUUUCUUCAUCUUAAAUAAUCUUAGAAGUCUGAGUGGUCUAAAGAGAACGAAGAACGUUGCUGUUGGGAAAAGACGUAAAAUACAGGCUGCUACGAGUGUCAUUACUGAGGUGCCUAAAUCGAAGAGAUUCCAUCCGGAACUGAGAUACCAUCUUGUGCCAAGCCCGAGCACUUUGAUCAACGCUUCAGCCACAAAUACUGUAAUAUAAAACACUAUAAUUAUUGUAGACUUAACGGAACAUUUGCAAGCAAGGUUUCACUUACCUCCUCCAAAAAGGAAGGUGUCCCAUGACGCAGCGAACAAACGAGCACUGUGAACAUUGUCAUCUGUCUGUAGAAUCCUUAUUAUCAUAGCAAUGCCAUUUCCAACGAUCGCGACGUCUGAAAAAUAUCAGAUAAACGUAAUCAAAUUGAAUAUAUAUUUGUUUUAAAAAAAACUUACACAUCAUAGUCUCGAAGUAGCUCCAUCUGAUGGCAGCAUGAGCUCCGUUGCAGAGGAUUUGCAGUGGUUUAGAUGUACUGUGAUACCAAGGUACGCUGGAGUAUUGUGGUUCCCACUGAAGUACUAUCGUGUCAUAAAUGUUCAAAAAUUCUUGAGAGCUCAACGCUCCGGAUCCAGAAGUAUUUAAAUGUCGAAAAAUUAAAACAAUAUCUCUUAUACCUGUAACAAACAAAUAGUCCCUAUUUAAUUCUUUGACAAUGCAUUUACGUAUGAUCAUGCAUACUUCUUUGUGGUGCGUAGUAUCGCAUCAACCCCUCGAACUGACGGAAUUUCAUUUUAUCUGGAUUCUGUUUUGUGAUUAGCAACUUGAAGGCAUGCUGGCACGCCUUUCUUUUGUGCAAGAACAAUUUUUUAAACUUGUCCCGCUCGGCGGCUGUAAAUGUUUCGUUUACUACUGCCAACAUUAAAUUCAUCAUCACAUAUAACAUCGUUGAUAAGUAAGAGACAAAGUAUAUUGCGUACCACUUGUUUUUUGAAUAUGACGGCAUCAUUACAUCUGGAAAACUAAGCAAUGACAUCAUUACCGAAAAAGAAAUAUUUUUAUCAUAGAUGUAUUCGAUCGCACUGCAAGAUAAUCAUUUGAUAAUACUUACUUAGCAGUGGUGAGAAGAACAAAAAGACUUACAAAGCUGUCUUGCAGCGUGGAGAAAUAUCUGUUCAUGUCGGAGAACAUGUAAUAGCCCAAUACUGUGUAAAGUGUAAUAAAAAAUAGAAGCAAACCCAUCAUAUCCAGGAUUGGAGGCAAUGUCUGAAGUAUUUGUCUGAUGAAUCUUCGCACACCUCCGAAACAUUUUGUGUCUACUAAAAAAAUAGGCCUAAGAGCGCGUGUUACGCGAAAAUGUGACGACUGUCUUACUAAGACCGUCAUUGCCUCCAGAAACAUGAUGGCCAAUGUGGCACACUGUAAGAAAAAUUCAAUGAGUCAUUAAUUAACAUUGACUCAUUAUUGUAUAAUUAUAUAUGGAAGUUCUAAGUUUGCUAUAAAAACAUUUAAUUAACAAUCAUAUAUUAAUCGAUUGCAUAAGAGAGAUGAACGCCAAUGACCUGUUAAUAGUAACUUAAUACUGAUUCAUUCAUGAGUAGAUUUAGACUCAACAGUUAAAUAAUGUAAGAAAUAAGCAGCUCGAUUAUCAGAAACUUAUUUUGUUGAAAAUAUAAAGUGGCUUAUCUUCCCAUUAGUACUGUCAUGUUUCUUGUACCAGUACAGUGGAAAAGACUCAUGUUAUUAAACAUAUUACUUGCACGUAAAGAGACAAUGGAUAUAAUCAGGUCCAUUCUAUCCCUGUAUAAUUUGGAGUGGCACUUAAUUUGUGAUAAAGGCUGGCAAAAUUAGAGUUUUUACCUUCAACAUUGUUCUUUUAUGCUUCAACAUAGUUGCCCAGCCAAUCCAUCUUAAUUUUAAAGUUAAUUCAAUGCCUAUAAUUAUCAAAGCAAAAAGCUCUAUUGACCCAUGCGCCCAUACUGGUAUCUAAAAUAAGAUACGUGAACUACAGAGAUAGUACAACAACAGGAAACUAUUGUUUGAGCUUUACAACUUACUUUAAAUAAUGGUACAGCUGGCUCCUCCACGAGAGCCAAAGCUAAAAGUAAAAGUGAGGUCAACAAAUCUAGACCAUAAUACCAAUUAUUGUGAACCAAUAGAUAGGCUGGCAAAUCUUCUGGGUGCUUUGGAUGUGAUUCGAAUUUUUCAUUGUUUCUACCUUCCUGUGAAAACAAUGCCACUGUAAUUACCAUAAACGGUAGAAUAAACUUAAAUGGAUAAUAUAUGACAAA